CAACACGAACACGCUCACAGAUGAAGCUUGUUCUGUAAACGUCCUGCAGCUGUUCGACUCACUUAUUCAGCUCACUAUGUGUCUCAGUUUGGUCGGGGGCUUUUCCCCUUUAAAACAUAGAAACUAACGUGCUUUUGACCCACCGUGUUACUCAGCUACACUCUACCAGGCAGAGAAGAAGAACACAAGUUUUGGCCUAAGUGAGCGCGUUUAUCCGGCAGGGUGGGUCCUCCGAGAUGAGGAGGCACCUCAGGGAAAAAAAAGUCGCCCGUCUAGUCCCUCCCUCUUACUACACCGACAUCCACAGCUCGUUUUACCCAACAAAACUCCGCGAUAAAGAAGAGGUUUACCGAGAUUACGGGAUAAUGGUGUUUACAGUGGAGUUUACAGUCGCGUUCCUGAAGACUCAGCUGCUGCAGUAGGUUUAACGCGAAACAGCCUUAAAGCGACCUCAGUGUUUUUUUUUCCUCCUCAGUUUCAGUCGUUCGUUUUCGCCUUUUUUGUCAGCCAAAUAUAUAAACUCGUAACAAUCAUGUAUCAAGUCCUGAGGAAAUUCGUCUUCUCCGAGGCUCAGUGUGUGAGCGAAGAGGCCUCGAAGAGCUUCGAGGAGCUGUUCGAGAAGCUGGACGUGAACCGAGACGGGAAGGUGGAUGUGGCGGAGCUGCGCGCAGGCCUGGCCGCUCUGGGCUUCACUGUGGGCGCAGACGCAGCGCAGAAAAUAGUUUCCUCUGGGGAUUCGGAUCAGGAUGAGCAGCUGGACUUCAUGGAAUUUUGCAGCUACCUGAAGGAACAUGAGAAAAAGCUCAACCUGACCUUCAAGAGUCUGGACAAGAACAAUGAUGGACGCAUUGAUUACACAGAGAUUCAACAAGCACUCAAAGACCUGGGCAUGAACGUCUCGAAGGAAAACGCAGAAAAGAUCCUCAAGAGCAUUGAUGCAGACGGCACUAUGACAGUGGAUUGGAAUGAAUGGAGAGAGCACUUCCUCUUUAAUCCAGCCACCGACCUGGAGGAGAUCAUACGCUACUGGAAACACUCCACUGUGCUGGAUAUAGGGGACAGCCUCACCAUCCCAGAUGAGUUCACUGAAGAGGAGAAGACCACUGGCCUGUGGUGGAAGCAGCUGGCUGCUGGGGCGAUGGCAGGGGCGGUCUCUCGAACAGGCACUGCUCCGCUGGACAGAAUGAAAGUCUUCAUGCAGGUUCACGCUUCAAAGUCCAACAAAAUCAGUCUGGUCAGCGGGUUUAAGCAGAUGAUCAAAGAGGGAGGUGUCACGUCUUUGUGGAGAGGAAAUGGAGUCAACGUGCUGAAAAUUGCUCCAGAAACAGCCAUCAAAUUCAUGGCCUAUGAGCAGUAUAAAAAGCUGCUGUCCACAGAGGGAGGGAAGGUUAAGACACACGAGAGGUUCAUGGCAGGCUCUCUGGCCGGAGCCACAGCGCAGACUGCAAUCUACCCCAUGGAGGUGAUGAAGACCAGACUCACGCUGAGGAAGACCGGACAGUAUUCCGGAAUGUUUGACUGUGCCAAAAAGAUCCUGAAGAAAGAAGGAGUGAAGGCAUUUUAUAAAGGCUACAUCCCCAACAUCCUGGGCAUCAUUCCGUAUGCAGGAAUCGACCUGGCGGUCUACGAGACUCUAAAGAAUACCUGGUUGUCCUACUAUGCCAAAGACACAGCUAACCCUGGGGUGCUGGUUCUGCUGGGCUGCGGAACCAUCUCCAGCACAUGUGGUCAGCUGGCUAGCUACCCUCUCGCCCUGGUCCGCACACGCAUGCAGGCCCAAGCGUCUGUGGAGGGCGCGGAGCAGGUGUCCAUGUCGAAGCUGGUGAAGAAGGUCGUGGAGAAGGAGGGCUUUUUCGGCCUCUACCGCGGCAUCCUACCCAACUUCAUGAAAGUGAUCCCUGCUGUCAGCAUCAGCUACGUGGUGUAUGAGUACAUGAAAUCCGGCUUAGGCAUUUCUAAGUGAGGUGUGUGUCAGUGUGCGUGGGUGGUGUGAGUGUGAGUGAAUGAGUGUGUAUGGCUAACGGGGCGAUAGCGGUGGGAAGUUGUAUGAGCCAAAGUUUAUUUCCUAAGGCACCAACACCUGGAAGGUGUGGGUGUACAUCUUUACUCAUCCAAUACUGUUUAUAAUUGUUCAGGGAGAAAACAAAGAAUUCCUGAAGCAUCUUCCAGUGCCACGGCGCCAGUGUCCCAAAGAUUCAUAGUGUGCAGCUUUAAGCCUCAUCCAGAGUAUCUAGUAGGGCUGGGCGAUGUGAUGAUUUUAUGGGGAUGUUAAACUUAAUAGAGUCAGAAAUUUGUCAGUUAAUUCUUUAUUUGGAGAGCCUGUUGUAGAUACUCGCCUCGGCUUUAACUUACAUUCAAACUAAGUGAUUAAAAUUGAACUACAUUUCCCCUAAAGCUGACCUUAUCCUUAUGUUAACCUUAAACUCAACCCAGAUCCUAAACCUAACCCUAAUCCUAGUCCUUAUCCUACCACUAAUCCUAAGGCUAUUGAGAAUCAGAUCAACCAGGUUUCAGCAUAUAGUAAUUUGAACAUCUGUAGAUAAUCCAUAGAGGGCUAUUCAAGUGAAGUGGAAACAUAUUUCAUGCCAUCAUACUAACUACAUAAACCAAAGCAAGGUCUGUUCUGGCCUGUAAAGGAAUACUUGGGCAUUUUUCAACCGAAUCUCUAUCUGCUGCAUAGAAAACUUAUAGGAUCUAAACAAACUCAAAAUAGAGGCCAUUGAGAAGCUGCUUAAUUCUGUGAAUAAACAUUUGAAAUACAUAUAAUGUUAUAUAAAGCAUAUUUGAAACUCAGUCAGUACACUCUAACAAUGGAGCUCUCAGGAUGAGACAGACAUGAGAGUUAUGACAUUCUUAUUUAAUCCAACUUCCAAAAGCAGCACAUCUCACCUUUGUCUCCUUCGUCUUGCUCUAAUAAUGAAGCUGAGAGCUUAAUUAGAGUUAAUUAUCUUCACAGCGAAGCUCGUUCUGCUCGUUAGUUUGUUUGCUGAUGAUGCACGUGAUUCAUUCAUGAGUAGGAUGUGCGCAUGCGGGUCGUUUGAGGACGCUGGUUCGUUCACAUUAAUGACAGAUUUGAGUCCCUUACCUAAACGAGUGUGAACCAUCGUGUAGGGGAGAUCAGAUCUGAGCAAAAAAUUGGUUUUAAGCAAUGAGGCUUGUAAUGUGGACAUAGCCUUCGUCUCCAUGCAUGAUCAGGCAAGAAAAGUCUACCCACCCACACUACUAUGUGGACACAUUACCACAAAUUCUUCCCUCUGGAAAAACCGUCUCAUCUUUGAAAGAAAAAUUUACGCAGAUUUACAGCUUAGUUUACAGACGUCGCUCACUGAUCAGUUUAUGAAAGUGUACUUGCUUUAUGUAACUGUUUACGGAUGGAAAUGAAAGCAAAUGGCUUCUAUUAUGUACACAUUUGAGUCAAUAGGUUUUCAGUUCUUCCCUACAUGGAAAAACAUUGGGCCUCGUUCACCAGCUGAUCUUCAUAAGAAAUUCCUUCUUAAAACCCACUUACAGUUUUCACAAAGGUUCUGACCUUCACCAGUGUUUUCUUAUUUGGAUUUGUUCUCAGGUAAGAACAGAAUCUACACACACUCGAGAGCACAAAGGUGCGAAUAAUUCUGCAGCUUAAGAACACGUCAUGAAUCUGACGUAGAAUCUUUCUCAAGAACACAUUUAAGAAAAAACUUGUGAAGAUAUUGGUGAGCGAGGCCCUUUGACCUUAUUGUCCAGGAUUAUUGACAUUAUAGAGAUGAGGUUGAAAAAUGCUGUAGUGUUCCUUCAAUGCAGAACUGCAUUACAGUGAUACAGUGAUUCUCUUUAUAAGUUCCGCAGGCUUUGCAGCCAACAUUAAACACCUUAGUUUUGUUGUGGUUAGGCCAGCAUUUCCAAAUAUCCCUGCUCUGAAAAGUUUGUUUUACAGUAGUUUCUUGUUUGUCCUGCAUGAUGUUGUUGUCAAAAUCCUGUAAUAUUUUUGUGCUAUACGUUUUAGGUCAUAUUGCCCAGCCCUACUGUUCAAACCACUGCACUGUUCAACACAGACUGAUUCAAUUCAUCAUUAUCCUCUUUGUGCUGCAGUGCUUUUGGGAAACGGCUCAGAGCACCAGUGAAAGGAGAAACAGGUGUUUUUCCUUAAAAAACAGACAGAAAAUUCAGUCCGGAUUUACUCAGGUUUACCUGUUUUGUAUGUUUUAUCACACAGAGAUCCGCACAACUUGGUUAGGAAACCAAACGUACAGUGAGAGUCCUUAAAAAAAGCAAAAGCAUCAGUUUGAGAAUGAAACACUUUGUUCGUGCUGUUAUCAUGUUUUAUUUUGCACACUACUGCAGAGAGAGGGGAGACGUGCCUUAUACGAUGUGUGGCUAGUUCUGUUUGCUGAUCACUGAAUUGGUAAUAACUUUGUGUUGCCUUUUUUACCCCCCAACAUUUUGUUAUAUUAGAAACGCCCAUGUUUACAUUAAAGUAUUUUAAAUAUUUCAAUAAAGUGGUGCUUUUCAUCCUC